CAAUCGAUCGCCUAUCGAGGCGCCCCCUUCCCUGGCCCAUGGUGAUUUUGCAACUUUCUAGCCUGAUCAUCGCGCAUGAGUCGCUGGAAGGUGCUAUUGACGCCAUCGCCGACUGCGCCCCAGGCUUCAGACUCCACGCUGUCUUGGCGUUCUCCUCCUCCACAAGGCACAACUGGCCAGCACAGCUGGCGCACAUCCUCACCGCCGGUCAUUAGGGAUUACAUGAUCGUAUCGAUGGCCUCGUUUUCCAAUCGCAGAGUGAACAUCUCAGGGGACACCGACAUACCCCACACCUUGCUCCGAUUGCCCUCCAGCUGCUGUUCCAGUGGCGAUUCCGGCUGCGGUUCUACCAAUUUUGACACCGUCUGCAGGAUGAACCGAUUGCUGAACAUCGUGUUGCCCAAUGCUCCAGCCGUUCCACCUCCUCGGCGUCAUCGUGAGUGGGCGGGGCGUGGUCGAGGCGCUGCUGGCGCUGGCAGAGGCUUGUGGCAGAGACGUCGCUUACCUCGUGGAUCGCAAUUUCCGCGGGGCACAUCGACCGGCAGUGGGCGAUAAUCAAGUUUUUAUUUCCUUCGGCCUCCCCUUCUUCCUACGGAUCUACGGAUCUACGGUACAGCUCUCUGAUCUGUGCCGUCUUCCCCCUUCCCUGGCAGACUGUUGAUGCGUGUUUUUCUUCCCUC